CGCUCGGAGAUGUGGCGACUGGAAAUUUCCCUCUUCUUCGCGACCGGCGUCGUGUCGCUUCUUGCGGAUUCCGGUGCCAUUGCCAAUUCGCCUCGGCCGGAGGACGAUUUUCAUUUUCCGCCUCCGGAACACAUGCUGGAAUUGUACGAAAAAUUCUCCAAGACCGGAUCGGGAUCGUCGGGCGAUACAGUUCGAAGCAUCCUUCCCCUGACCAGAAAGGGGGCUGAAGUGUUCCAGAUCGCCGCUGGUGCCAGGCACCACCGAGCUAGGGGCUCCGUUGUAAAUCCUUGCUAUUUCUACUCGGUUGGAGCCGAGGGGCCCAAGUGCCGGUCGGAGCCAGAUUCUGUCCCUUGUCGGAUGGAGCCGAUAGGAACUCUUGGAAAUAGCAAGGACGAAAUCGGAGUAGAUCCCCGAGGAGCACGUUCUCCCGAUCGUCACGAUGAGGUCGAUGAGGGGAAGAAACUGCAGAGGAAAGAGAGAAGUCCUCGACUUCGCGAGAAGCUCCCAAAAAAGAAUCCGGACGAGAAGAGAUCCGAGACGAUGCCUCCUCCCUCGAAGGGAUCUCGUCGGUUCGGACUUCGCCAUCGAAGAGCAGAGGGGAUUCGAAUCGUCCAUCUACGGCACGAUUGCGGUCUCGUCCGAUCGGGCGGGAAGGAAACGCUCGCGUUCGCACGAGAGGACCACGAGGUCGUCCGUCCCAUCUGCCGCACCUUGCGUCGCCCCGUACCGGAACCGUAUCUAGGCGGUGUGACCUUUAUUUCACACGUAUGGCAUCCGAUCCGGGCACACGCGGCAGGAAGAAUGCUCGAACGCUCGAUCGUCGUCAAAACGACGUGGCACGAGUGCAACGUCUUCCGAUUACCGGUCGGUUACGAAAAGGUUGUCAUUCCGGUGGGAUCGCGUCAUGAUUUCCCUGCAUCCGGAACUGGUCUCCUCCGUGGCACUGCACUUCCACCUUUCUUCGUUCUUCCUUCCUUCUCCCCUUGCAUAUGA